UGGAGAGCGAUAUAUACUCUGUGGAGAGCAAGAGUGACGAGCUGGUGACGAGAGUGACCAGUGACCGUUGCUGGCUCCUGGCUGGCUCGAUGGGCGAAUGAGUACAAACUCUGCAAAAUAUUAUUUCGGAAGUCAUUUGAUUGUACAAAAUUGUACAGAGUACUAAUGGAGGAUUUCGAAAGUUUAUCUGAGAGUGACUGGAAAAAAAAGGAGGCUCUCACAUCAUCUCUCACUAAAGCGGCCAAGGAGGAUGGUCUAAGCUCAGCAGCAGGCGAAGAACGAACCCGAGCCAGGAAGUCCGAUGCAUGGCAGCCACGGCGAAGCAGCUGCAAGUCCCAUACCCCACGGGAAAUGAAUUCAUCCAAACCCACGGAGCAGCUAGAGGAACCUUUCCGUUGCAACGUCUGUGCAAAGAGUUACAGAAAAAGAAGCCGAUUGGAUUCGCACAUGCUAUCACACCUAAGUAUCAAAUCGUACGAGUGCAACGCCUGUGGGAAGAGCUUCGAUUCCAAGCGCUUGCUUCGUCAACAUUCGUGCUUUGUCUUGGACCAGCCGCACCAGUUUACCCUCUUCAAGCAGAGCUACUCCAAGAAGGGAAACCUCCUCACACUCGUGAAUGCAAAGUCCAAUAGCAGACUCUGCUGCCCCUUUUGUAAGAAGGCGUGGCCGGACAAAGCGGCCUUGAAGCAGCAUAUGCGCACUCACACAGGCGAGAAGCCUUACGAGUGUUACUUGUGCGAUAAAAGCUUCGCGUUAAAAGGCACCCUAAACGUUCAUUUGCGCAUCCAUACGGACGAGAAGCAGUAUCAUUGCGCGGUGUGCGAUAAGAGCUUCGGGAGAAGUGAUCACUUGAAUAGGCACAUGCUGGUUCACACUCGCCAGAAGCCGCAUCACUGUGCCGUCUGCGGAAAUAACUUCUCCCGGAAAUCGCAUUUAGUUGCCCACAUGCGCGUUCAUGAGAGCGACAACCCCAAACGGAGCAAUAUUACACAUAACACAUCUAUUUUUGUGAUUGUUGUUGAAACCAGAAGCGGGCCAUGGGCCUAGAUCGAGAUGAGGUGCUGGUUCUAAGUAAGAAGCACCAUAUUCAAUUUCAUGUGUUGUCAUGUUGUUUAAUUUGUAUAUAAUUGCUAAUUAGUUAUAUUAAGGCCAAAAUACGAUUUUGAUGUGCCGGGAAUGGGAGAUGGGGGGGCUAACUAAUUUCAUAAAUAUAAUGUCCAGAUCUUAGAAUGUUUACCAGAAUCCUACUCCGAAACGUACUAAAUGAACUGAAGUAUGUGAGUAUAAAGUAGUAAGAAGUAGCGUUAAGGCUAAAUGCAUCGAAAAAUAGUUGUAGGAAAAUUCAAUAGAUCGCUGCACUAUCACAGGGGAAUUUACUUUACUGAUAAUGUCUUGAGGCAGUGGUCCGAUUUUCGAUCUGUAAACGGCAUUUGACGCCUUUUUAAAAUAGAAUUUACGCUACGAAGCAGUUUUGAGAUAAAAAAUCGAGUUGUGCGAUAAAAGAGCUCGUGCGUAUACUCCGCUCAUUCUUUCCAGUAUGUGACAACGCGGGGGGGCGAGGUGUUUUCCCAAAUUUCACUUUACGACGCUCCUAUUCGUCCGAUUUGCAUUAUUGUCACGGCGUAUUCGACUCAGGAAGCAUGUCGCCAUCGCGCUAUAAGCCCACAUUUUUUAAUUUUAUCUCUGAAGUUUGAUAACUAAUUUAAAAUUCGAGUUUUUGCUAUAUUUUUGGGAAAAGAGCUUCUGGGCGUAAAGUCUAUUUUGAAAAGGCGUCAAAUGCCAUUUACAGAUCGAAAAUCGGACCAUUAGUUCAGACGUUAUCGGUAAAGUAAAUUUUACUUAUUUUGGUGCUGCCACGUGGUGGCUACAAAUUGUAGUGUGUCGGGACAUUUAGCCGUAAGCACCAUUUUUGUAAAAGCUGUUCCAAAUUUUUCAGUGAUAAUUUCCUUAUAUGACUUCUAUAGUAUUCUUAAAGUAUUUUUUUCGUUUCUGCCAUUUGAAAACUGAAAAAUUAAGCAAAUAUUAAAAAAAUGUUUGGGUGGCGUUAGAUGGCAGCUAUCUCGAGGAUUGGGCAUGACCCAAAAGCUAGCCGCGACGAAAGAAGUUAGGAAACUAACGAGUACGAGAAUGUCUGUGCCAUUCUGUAGUACCACUAGUUUUUUCAAUAAAAUGCAAGCAACCAUGGGGGGGGGGGGCAUUGAAUCAUAUUGUCAAACAAAGUUCCAACACUUUUACAUUAUUUACGUGUACAUGACCGUUACCAGUUCAAAUAAAGCAAUAUUCCCUGCCAUAACUGUACGAGCUCAGAGCCUUUUGAGUCUUAAAUUUAUUUUAUUGUAAAUAAAAUAUAUUUGUAUUUUAAUAAAAAUUUA